AUGAAUAGCUUUCGUCCCGCAGAAAACCCAUACGGUCCACCGUCGCUGCCACAGUCUUCACGGAGUGAUCACAAACGUGAAGAGUCACCACCGCAGAGAUCAAACUAUCACAAAGAUCAUAACCGGUCAAGGGGACCAAGGCAAUGGAGGAAUGGUGGUGGAGGGAAUGGCGGCGGAAACGGGGGUAACAGUGGGAAUUCAAGAAUGCGAUCGAGGAACAAUUUCCACGAUCGUAGAUCCCGCGAGAAGAAUAGGGAUUCUUGGACUAACAGACAUUAUUCGGACAGACCACGACAUCGUGAUUCUGGAUCUCAUAGAGAUAGAAGAGAUAGCUGGAUUUCGAGACCGUUUCAACAAGAUACUUGGUUUCCACGUUCUUACCGCAACCAUAAUAGAAGUAAGUCACCUCGCCAUAAUAGACGACAUACCUGGAAUCAGGAUCAUUAUCCUCAAUACCAACAGUCUACAUCGUCUCAGAGUAAUUGGUCAAACUCUUCAUCAUCUGCAAAUGCUGUGCCAAAUACGUCUUCCAGCAAGGCGUCUCCUACAUCUCACAAUUCACAACAAUCUCAUCAAAACGUUUCUCAUAGAACAUCGCCACGUGCUUCAUCACCUCAGCGGUCACAAUAUUCCCCAAACACUCCACAACGGUUUUCACAGAAUCAUCAAGUUAUACCUGCUACUCCACAACAUUCGACAUACGACACACCGCCGCAUACUUCUCAACAUCCUACACAAUUGUCGUCAUUACAGUCACCGCAAACAACAGCACCGAAUUCAUCACAGAUACCUAUUCAACAACACGCAUCGCAUAUGAUAUCUCAACAUUCAUCGCAAAUACCAGCACAACAUUCAUCUCCUAUUCCAACACAAUGUCCACCACAACACGCUCCGUCUGUUCCACCACAUCCACAACAUCAGACUUCACUUCAUCAGCCUCAGAUGACCUCUCAACAUUCAUCGCAAAUACCAUCACAGAUUUCUUCUCAAGCACCGCACAUGCCACUCCGAUCACACGUUCAACCUGGCUCACUAGUUCCCCCAUCUGCCCCACCUGGCCAACUCCCUCAAUCUGGGCCAGCUGGUAUGCCCGGAGCCCCCGGUCAACAUCCUCAACUGCCUCCUUACGCAGACCAAAACUUUCAGGAACCGGCCCCGUUUCAAGGACAAUUACCUCCACAGAUAUCUACAUGGGAACAAAAUAAUGUUGGAUAUCCACAACCUCAACCCCCCGGACAUCAUUAUGCUGAGGCUUAUUACGGCCAAGCGUCGUACGAUCAGUACGCAUCUCAAUACAGCGGGUAUUUAAACGCUGGAGACAAUAUAAAUUAUUCAUUUGGGGAUAUUGACCGGCAGCAGCCAGCUUAUACAUCGCAACAGCAUCAGCCGCACAUGUUACAACCACCACAGCAGUAUCCCAUUCCGCCUGGGAUAGCGCCUCCACCUCCCGGGGUGGCACAGAUUACACAUCCGAUGCAUUCAGUGUUAAUUUCACAUCCACAAAAUACUCGACCACCAGAUCCAUCUUCGCAUAUGGGUAAUUUGGGACCGGGGCCACAUUCGUUGUCGCCUCAGGUUCCACCGCAGGGUCAUACAGUCCCUCCGUUGGCUCCUCCGCCGACCGCGUCGACGAUGGCUCUCAAACCUAGUCAACCGUCGGGUGUUCCAGGAAACGCGACAACAACUGGGCCAACGUCUGCGCCAAUACCUCUUGGAACAAUAUCGAUGGCACCUGGGACAGCUGCAAAACACCCGCAUCCGCUAGGUGUUGCACCGCCAGUGCCAAUGCUCCAUCCACCAGGGACGUCAAAUACAGCUAUAUUAGGAUCGUCCACGACAAGUGAUCAAGUAAUAAGUGCACCGCCUCCUACUGCGAGUUCAGUUCCAAAUAUGACCCCUGAAAAGCCCCUUACUAGGCGCGCUCAGGCGAAUCCGCAACUGCCUGCACCAGUAUCGUUAAGUGGGAAACCUGUUGAACUAUAUGAGAAGUUGGGACAAGUUGGAGAGGGUACUUACGGGAAAGUGUAUAAGGCAAGAAAUAAGAAGACAGGCCAGAUAGUUGCCUUAAAGAGGAUAAGAAUGGAGACCGAGAAAGAAGGCUUUCCUAUUACGGCCUUGCGGGAAAUUAAACUACUUCAGACUCUUCGCCAUCAGCAAAUAGUGCGCCUGUUGGAAAUUAUGGUGUUCAAGGGUGACGUGUAUAUGGUCUUUGAGUAUAUGGAUCACGAUUUAACUGGGGUGUUGUCAAAUCCGCAGUUGAAAUUCGAACCUUAUCAUGUGAAAUGUUUAAUGAAGCAACUCCUUGAAGGACUUGCUUAUUUACACGAAAACGAGAUCUUGCAUCGGGACAUAAAAGGAUCGAAUAUCCUACUUAACAAUAAUGGAGAAUUGAAACUGGCAGAUUUUGGACUUGCUCGCAGAUUGCAAAAGCGAAGAGCGGCCGAUUACACCAAUCGGGUGAUUACAUUAUGGUACAGGUCACCAGAGCUGUGUCUUGGUGCAACUGAGUAUGGGCCAGAAGUCGAUUUGUGGAGUGCUGGAUGCAUAAUGUUGGAACUGUUUACUAAAAAGCCGGUCUUCCAAGGGACAGAUGAAAUUAAUCAAUUAGAGUUGAUAUAUAAACUUUUGGGUACGCCUACACGUGAGACUUGGCCGUCAAUAUUGCAGUUGCCUUGGUAUAAUCUAAUAAGAUUCAAAGAGAAGCAUGAGUCUAAACUUAAAAGUGUAUAUGGAGACAUGAUAUCACUGGGAGCAAUGGAACUCGUUGAGGCUCUGUUAUCGCUCGACCCAUCGAAACGACCGUCUGCAAAAGGAGCACUGAAAUUCGAGUAUUUUACUUCCGAAGAACCUGCUGCAUGUUCACCCGACGAGCUUCCUAAAUUACAAGGAGAUUGGCAUGAAUACGAAUCUAAGCAGCGAAAGAAAAAAAAUAGCACAACUACAUGGGACGCGUAA